GGUGCCCCGCCUGGGCGUGCGGCUGCGAGGCGGCCCGGGGUGCGCGGGGGCCCGCGGAGGGCGCGCCGGGCCUCCUCACAGCCCUGUGAGGGGCCUCCCGCGUGUCCGCGGGGCUGCGGGAGAAACAGCCUGGAGCCAAUGGCAAAACAGAAGAGGAAAGAUAGCGGAGUGACAGAGAAGAAGAAAAGGAAGCUGAAGACAGCGUCAGCGAGAGAGAUGCCACCGGCCCCUGCGGCCCCGCCAGGCGCUGAGGGGGCCCCCGCUGAGGGAGCCGCGUCCCCAGGGGAGCAGAGGGUCCUGGAGAGGAAGCUGAAGAAGGAACGGAAGAAGGAGGCCCGGAGGCGGCUUCGGGAGGCGGGCGUUGCCGUGACCCAGAGCCCGGCGGCCAGGCGCUCGGGGGCCGCGCGGGCCCUGGACUACCUGUGCAGCUGGGCCCAGAAGCACGAGAACUGGAAGUUUCAGAAGACGAGACAGACCUGGUUGCUGCUGCACAUGUAUGACCGUGACCAGGUCCCCGAUGAGCACUUCUCCACCCUGCUGGCCUACCUGGAGGGGCUCAGGGGCCAGGCCCGCGAGCUGACGGUGCAGAAGGCCGAGGCGCUGAUGCGCGAGCUGGACGAGGCCGGCGCCGGCGCUGCCGCCCUGCUGCCGGGGGGGACCCAGCGCGUCCGGCAGGUGCUGCAGCUGCUCUCCUAGCGGGCGGCUCGCCGCGGGGGCGAGGCCCCUGGUCCUCCUGGCCCCCUGACCCUUGGAGGGACUACCUCUCUCUCCUGGCUCCUUGACCAGGGACUGUUCAUGGGGGAUGACGGUUUUCACCCCUUCACAGCUGAAUGCAGUCACUCUGAAACAACCUGGCCUCCCACUGUCCCUCAGGUCCCCAAGGAAGUUGCUUAUUGAGUGAAAUGUCUAUUUUUGUACCAGGGGUGUUUUAGAGCUUGCCACGGCUGGCCCUUCCUGCCAGCUGUGGCCACCCGUGUGAGGGCUCCGGCUCUCCUUGUUGGUCUGGCGGUCCCUCCGUGCCGCCUGUCUGCGUUCACCGGGGGCCCGGGCUGCGGCUCGGCCAUGUCACCUCCCUCCUCGGGCCAGGCCACGGCCCCGCUGGCCACUUACAGGGGAAACCUGGGUGUGUUUUCAAUAAAAACCGGCCCCUGGAGGCCAUGGCUCUUGUGUGA